AUGAAUACACGACCAAAACGCAUUGGAUCCUCAUUCUGCUUGAAACCCCACAUCAAGGCUCACACCAGAACCAUGCAGACAUCAGUAAUUUUUGCAGCAGCACCAUCUUUCCCACUAGCGUCCACCAACAAGUCACCUGGGUCGCCAUGGAAGUUCAAGCCAAGGCCACAAAGUAGCCGUUUUCCUCUCCUCAAAGCGCAUGCCGAUCCGUCUGAAGUCGACUAUAGCUCCAUGACCUCUGUCUUUCCAGCAGAGGCUUGUGAGACACUUGGAGGGGAGGCCUGCAAUGUGGAAAUGUACCCGGAAGUGAAGCUGAAACCGGAACCUCGGAGCACCAAUCCCACGACUUCCUCCGAGCUGGUCGACCGAGAGUACUACGAGUAUGAUAGCCCCAAGACGGUGUUUCUAGGAGAGGCCUGUGAUGAUCUUGGAGGAGAAUUCUGUGAGGCUGAAUUUCAAAAAGGAGUGCACUGAGAGAAGAGCUUCUGUGGAUCAAAAUCUGCCGGCUGUGGUGUAUUAAUGUCACUAUGCACUGUUUCUUCUGAUGCGAAUCCUUUCUGUGUUAUGUAAUUGGACAUCCUGUAGCUGCAUAUAUACAUAAGGAAUCCAUCCACAAUAUGGACUUGACCUUUUACUAAAGAUGAAAGUUUAGUUCUUGGAGUA